AUGGCGCCUCCAUCAGUCUAUGGGCCCACGGGUCUAGUCAGCCCCAGCAACUCUCCGCUGCAAUCGUUGGCCAAGCCCCAGACAGCCAUCGUUGAAGAUGAUUCCACAAUACAAACCGUGGAUGAGCUCGUUCGACGGAGGGCACGAAGCCAUCCUGACAAGGUGAUCGUGUCCUACCCCUCCACGGGCAUUGAAUAUGUCGACUACACCAUGCGUCAACUUGACGUCUUCGCAUAUCGCGCGGCAAAGUCAUACCAGCAGUCACUUCCUACGCGCCUGUCCUCGGCAGAAAAGCCCAUGACGGUAGCAGUCAUCGGGCCGUCAAAUUUCGAGUAUCUCAUUACAAUGCUUGCCUUGACCAAGCUGGGACACACCACACUCUUUCUGUCGACCAGAAUUUCUCAGGAGGCUGUUGAGAACUUGAUAAAAACGACUGGGGCUCAGGUUCUCAUCGCGGAUCCCCGCCAUGCCGCAACCGCAGAAGUCGCUAGGAAGUCGCUGCCCGGCCUGGAAACUCUUGAAAUUGUGAAUAGUUCAGCCUUUGAUUUCGAGAUUGAGGUUCACGCAGACACGCAGCUGGAUGCUCACCUCGACCCAGCAACCGAGACAAACAACCGAGUUUACAUUAUUCACUCAAGUGGUUCCACGGGCUUGCCCAAGCCGAUUUAUCAGACUCACAAGUCAGCAGUUGCCAACUACGCCUGGAGCAUGGAGAUGAAGGCAUUCAUCACGCUGCCACUGUAUCAUAACCACGGCAUCUGUAACCUGUAUCGCGCGAUCCACUGCGGCAAGCAGAUUCAUCUGUACAACGCGGAUCUCCCCCUUACCCACAACUACCUGGCCAAGAUUAUGCGAACACACCGUUUCGAGAUCUUUUACGGCGUACCGUAUGCACUGAAGCUCCUCUCCGAGACGGACGAGGGCAUGUCCCUCUUGCGGGACCUCAAGGUUGUCAUGUAUGGAGGCUCGGCCUGCCCCGAUGACCUUGGAAACUCCCUGGUCGACCACGGAGUUAACCUCGUCGGCCACUAUGGAGCUACCGAAGUUGGUCAAUUAAUGACCUCUUUCCGCCCCGCGGAUGACAAGGGUUGGAACUACGUGCGUGAGACGCCCAAAUUGUCACCAUACCUUCGAUGGGUGCCCCGCGGCGAGAACCUCUACGAGUGCGUUGUGCUCGAAGGCUGGCCAUCCAAGGUAGCCUCAAACCAGGACGAUGGGUCGUACGCGACCAAGGAUCUCUUUGAACCCCAUCCCACGGUCCCCAAAGCCUGGAAGUACAUUGCUCGCCGUGACGAUACCAUCAAUCUCGUCAAUGGUGAAAUGUUCAACCCCGUAUCUACCGAGGGAACCAUUCGCUCCAGCAAGCAUGUGACCGAAGCCGUCAUUUUCGGUGUCGGUCGAUCGGCCCUGGGCGUAUUGAUUGUCCCCGCCGCGUCGCUCGGGGGCAAGACCGAGGAGCAAGCGAUGGAAGUCAUCUGGCCCGUGGUUGAUGCCGCAUGCCGCAACGUUGAGGCAUAUGCCAAGAUCCCCAAGAACCUCAUCAAGAUCCUACCCUAUGGCUGCGACUACCCCAGAACCGACAAGGGCAGUGUCAUUCGCCAGGCUUUCUACAAGACCUACGCCAAGGAGAUUGACGAGACGUACGACAAGGCGGAUGCCUCUUCCGGCAAUCUCCAGAAGCUCAGCCUGGAGCAACUCCACGAAUUUGUCCGUCAGUCCGUAUCCAAGGCAUUGGGCAAAGAGACUCCCUUUGAGAAUGAUACAGACUUCUUCUCGCUCGGCUUGGACUCGCUGCAGGCCAUUCAAAUGCGAAGCGACAUCUUGAAGACCAUUGACGUCCAGGGCCACAAGCUUGGGCAGACGGUGGUUUUCGACCAUCCGUCAGUGGAGAAUUUGAGCGCGUACCUGUUCAGUCUUUCGAGCAACGAAACGGCCGUGGAAGAAACGUCGGUCGAAAGUGAGAUGCGCAAUCUCAUCGAACGAUACUCCCAAAAGCCGGCAUCGAGUGACCGAGCCCCUUCAGCCGUCGCCGUCACCGGCGCAACAGGCUCGCUUGGAGCGCACGUCGCUGCAAAGCUCGCCAGAGACCCCACGAUCUCAACCGUGUACUGUCUCGUGCGCGCCAAGAACGACAGCGAAGCCGCCCGGCGCGUGCAAGCUUCUCUGAUCCAAAGACGCAUCUACCACGGCCUUCGACUCGCCGAUCGCCAGAAGAUUGUCAGCCUCGCGUCGGAUCUCUCGGACGACCAGCUCGGCUUGACAAGUGAGAACUACACCCAACUGACCGAGACCCUGCGGUCCGUGAUCCACUGCGCGUGGUCCGUCAAUUUCAACAUGCGCCUCUCGAGCUUUGAAAAGUCCAACAUAGCCGGCGUCUCGAACCUCAUCUCCCUCUGCAAAGCGACGCCGUCAUCGGCCGCAACGUUCAACUUCUGCUCCUCUGUCAGCACCGUCGUCCGCGCGACGACCGUCCCUGUCCCAGAGUCUCUUCCGGAGCUCGAGUGGGCGCAAGGCAUGGGCUACGCUCAGUCCAAGUGCGUCGCCGAGCACCUCUGCGCCCGUGCCGCCGAGCGCGGCGUCACGGCGCGGGUGCUACGCGUCGGCCAGAUCGUCGCGGACACGAAGCACGGCGUCUGGAACGACACGGAGGCGAUCCCGCUCAUGCUGCAGGCGGCCGUCACGAUCGGGGCGCUGCCUCGGCUGAGGGAGACGCCGUCCUGGACCCCCGUCGAUGUCGUCGCCGCCGCCGUGUCCGAGAUCUCCCUCUCGGACGCCGGUGGUGUGUUCACCAACGUGACGAACCCCAGGGUGUUUGACUGGACGAGCGACUUGCUGCCCGCGCUGAGAAGGGCGGGGCUUGAGUUUGAGGAGGUCGAGCCCAAGGAGUGGGUGAGGCGUCUCCGCGCGUCGAACCCUGAUCCGGCGCGCAACCCGCCGAUCAAGCUCGUCGAUUUCUUCGCUUCCAAGUACGACAAGACGGAAUUCGGUCCUUCCAAGUCCCUGCCGGCAAGCCUGAGGUGA